ACUCCUCCGCCCCCCGCUCGCGCCGCUCCCGCGCGCUGCUCGCGCGCCCCUCGCCGCCGCCCCCGCCGCCCGCCGGCAGCUCCUGCGAGGCGCGCGCUCCCACCGCCCAACCGCCGCCGCCCUCCCCGCCCCCGCCCGCCCCACCGCCCGGCCGGCGCCGCCCGCGCCGCCACACGCGCCCCGCUGCCUCGCGCGCGCCCGCGGGUGCCCGUGGCCUCCCGAGGGGAAGGACGAGGAACUGAUCAAAACUCCAGGUAGAAGAUAAACUUAAAAAUCAGAAGAAAGUCACAUACACUACAAAGAAAUCGGGAAAGGAUUGCAGAGUAGAAUCUAGAGUACAAGUUCUGGUACGAAGAUGACUCACCUGACACAGGAGCGGGAGUUAGGAGCCAUGUCCCUGUGAGACAACCAGGAUUUCGGUCAAAUGCCUGGAGAAGUCCUGCUGCACAGAGCAGCAGAGCAGCUCUCGUGACCCACAGGCGUCUGCACCUCCCGCGUGUCCUACUCUGGCCCAGAGCACUCUGUCAGCGUUUCCCGCCCCACGAAUGGCUACUCAGAGGAAGCACUUGGUGAAAGAUUUCAAUCCUCAUAUCACCUGCUAUAUCUGUAAAGGUUAUCUCAUCAAGCCAACUACAGUAACCGAGUGCCUCCAUACAUUUUGCAAGACUUGUAUUGUUCAGCACUUUGAAGACAGCAAUGACUGUCCCAGGUGUGGCAACCAAGUUCAUGAGACCAAUCCACUAGAAAUGUUACGGCUGGAUAACACCUUAGAGGAAAUUAUAUUUAAGCUGGUGCCCGGACUUCGAGAACAGGAACUGCAGCGAGAGAUCGAAUUUUGGAAAAAAAACAAACCUCAAGAAAAUGGACAAGAUGAAAGUCCAAAAGCUGAUAAGCCCAAAGUAGAUGAGGAAGGUGAUGAAAAUGAAGAAGAUAAAGACUAUCACAGGAGUGACCCGCAGAUUGCCAUCUGCCUUGACUGUUUACGCAAUAAUGGGCAGUCAGGGGAUAAUGUAGUAAAAGGUUUAAUGAAGAAAUUCAUCCGCUGUUCCACCCGAGUGACCGUGGGAACUAUCAAAAAGUUUCUCAGCUUAAAAUUAAAACUUCCAAGUUCUUAUGAGCUGGAUGUACUAUGCAAUGGAGAAAUCAUGGGGAAGGAUCAUACUAUGGAAUUCAUCUAUAUGACAAGAUGGAGACUAAGAGGCGAAAACUUUCGGUGUCAGAACUGCUCAUCUUCGCAAGUCUUCUCGCAGGAUGGCACUUUUUAUCAGUCUUACCCUAUGGUACUUCAGUAUCGACCUAGAAUUGACUUCGGUUAGACCAAAGGGCCAGAUCCCACUGAGAUGAAUCCUGCACUAUUUGUUUACCCAUCGACAGAUUGCACAAUGAAUGGAUGUGCCUGGAUUAGGGGGACACAACCAGAUUUUCAGCAUGCAAAUAAGGACAUUGUCUUUCUUAAAAUUGUCAGUUGCAUCUUUGUUGUUUCUAUUAGAGCAAGACAAGUGCCAUUCUGCUACUGAAAUGUGCAUAAGAUAUUUGUGUAUCUUACAAGUGCGCUGCAAGUCAUAGCCAAAAUCAUGAAGUGUACAGUCAAGAUUCAGAACCUAUGGAACAUUUUUGCCUGCAUAUUAGAAAAAUUUUCUGGUCCUAAUAUUGAUUACACUAGCAAAAUGGCAGAGUGCUCAUUCCAUGUGGUGUUGCAAUUUUCACAUACUUACUAUUUUACUGAAUAUCGUUGUUUAAAUCAUAGAGUACUGUACAAAUAGUUAAGAAUUAUACCUUGAAAAUAUUUUGUAUAGAAAAUAUAUUUAGAAAGUGGUGAUUGGGCCACUAUCUUUUUCUUGAUAAGCUUCUCAUGGGUCCAGGUAUAGCUCACUCAUGAGUGUGCAACAGUCCUUUUGCAGUGCACAAAGAUCACCCUUAACAAGAGAUGUAUAACAUGGUAAUUCCUAAAAGUAAUUUUAAAUUCUCUAAAUGGAUUCUGCCAAUAUCACUUAAAAGCAUCACAGCAUUUGUGACUGCACUUUUCUAUGAUUUCCAUAAAGACUGAGAUUUGAGAUACAGCUAAAUUUGGAAUAUGACUUCUGGUGAGAUUACCUUUCUUCUAAUAAAGCCUUUGUAAAAAUGAACUUAAAAAUUAUUUAAAUGGCUAUAAAACAAAGAAAUUUCACUAUAAAAUCAUGACUAGGGCAGAAUUUAUACAUAAUAAUUGCUUUUCAUAGUAAGCAUUUCCUUUUAAGAUUGGGUGGAGGUAAAUAAUAUGUUAAGAAAAAACUAACAUAUUUCAAAACCUAUAACUUUAAUUACAUUAUAGAUCUCUUGUGACUAUCUGGAAUUUGGAAUUAAUUGUAGAGUUUUUCAUUAGUUAAAGUCACAUCAUAAAACCAGUACCAUAAAAAUAGAGGUAAUGCAAUACUGAAGAUAAGCAGUCUGACCAAAAUAAUUGUUCAGGUCAUUUUUUUUCUUAAGACCUGGUAGUGCUGGAUAAACAAGUGAUUGUUGCCUUAGGUAUUGCAAACAUAAUGGUUCUAGUAUAGAAUGUUUAUUGAGGUUUCUGGUAAUGUUGCAGGGAGCAUAGUAAUGCAUAUGUUUUCUGUAGUCUUCCAUUGUCUUCGCUUUGUUUAAAAGUCAAAUGAGUUUUAUUUUUUUUACUUUAAAUUCUGUGGAGAUAGUUGUAGUUCCGUACUUUUAUGUAAUUUCUACUUAAUACACACCUACUAAUAUUGUAGAUAACUAUUUACUUUCUUAUGCCUUUUGCAUACAACAAAAAGGAACCAAAUCAACUUUUCAGAAGCUACUCUAGAGAGAACUAAUCAUAUUUAGAUAAGACAAAGCGAAAAUUCCAACUUGAAAACCUGGGAUCAAAGUAUAAAAGAUAGAUGCAAGGCUGUAGCUCCUUUGUAAGUUUGUGUUCAUGUACAUUAGUAUGUUUCAGUAGGAGAAACAAGCAUGUUGUGGAUCAAAUCUGGCCCCUUUAAUGUUCGUGGGAGUUCUAAUACUGAUGACUUCAGGAAUCCAUGUGUAGUUGGGUUAAAUCUUACCAUUGCACUCUAAAGCCUAUGUGACAUGCAGAAAUAAAGAUGCUGUCAGUAGCAGCCUGUUUAGGAAACCUGCCAUUGCAGGUCAAGGUUGCACAUAUUGUGCAGACACCAGUGAACCUGGGGAAGCAAAAUGUUUAGGAAGCUGCUGUUCCUUUCUGCAGGCAUAAGGUGCUCACUGGUACAGGCAUUCAGUUGCCCACACUGUUGAUGGGAAUGGGUGCACAUACUGGCUGCAGGAAGUGGUCACCUUUUUGCCCACCUAGUCUGUGAUGUGCUACUUGACAGAAACAAGGUACUUCAUGAAGGAAGGGCCCUUCUCUGCAUAGUCUCUGAAGAACAGAUUCUUUACAAGCAAAGAGGUCCUCCCCAUGGAGCAGCUUGUAAGAUCAGUGCAUACAUUCUAAUUGCGAAUCAUUGUUAUCUUUAUUAUACACAGUUGUUUUAUACGGUAGAAAUAGGAUAUUAUUUGUAAAUACUUACAUGCACAUGCGAAUGACACCUUACAAUUUUUAUAUAUUUCACAUGUUUUUGUACCAGAAUUUUCACUGUAGCUCCACUUAACAUAAAAGGCCUGUUUCAGUUUAUCACAAAACUGAUGAUAGUACUCUUAAGCAUAAUUUCUGCUUGGUUCAGGGGACAAUUUUUUUUUUCAACAAUUGCAUUUGCUAUUUCAGCAAGUUUGAACAGACUUGUUUUAAGCAAAGAAAGGAAGAACAACAUGUAUUAUUUUUAAAUCAUUUGCAGUUAUCUUACGUGAAAGUUUGCAUCCACCUAGCAAGACUGCUGAAAUUUGACGAUUUUGUAUUGGCUUCUGAAUGACAACCAGUAGAAGGUUUGAAUGUUUAAUGACUUUCUGCAUUCCCAGUUCAGAGAGCCAUUAAUUUAUCUUGAUCAGAAUUGGUAACUGUUUUAACUCAUGGUAUCUUCUUGAUCCAGCUUAAAGCUAGAUUUCAGAAGGCAUGAUCUUCAUUUUAAGCACGGAAAAUACUGACAGAUAAGGUUUCAUGUUCCCAGCUGAGAAUCAUGGCCUUAAAUGCUUUUAAAUGCAUAUGGUCUAGCCACCUACACUUUAUACCUUUCUGGUUUGAUGGCACAGUGCCUGAGUGCUGUUCUAGUUUAAUGGUUUUCAUAGCGGCACCAGUGAAGUACAUAUCUUAACUGGGCAGCUUUUAUAAGACAGGCACUGCUUUUUUUACAGGAAGUUUCUCUUCUAUAUAGUAUGUAUGUGCCAUGUGUCUACAGAUAUGCAUAUCUGAUUGUCCCUGUUGAUUCAUUUGUGCCAAUUAAAAAUAUCUGAACAGCACAGGAAUAUGAGAAUGCAAGUAUGGAUUUCAGUGUGCCAAAGAUGGGAUAACGUGAAGUGAGUCUCUAAGCAUUCCAUUAAAACUGCACUGUGUGCCCUCAUAGAGCAGGAGGUUACUCUAUACAGUCACACUUUCUGAAUAUUUCUGUGGCAAGGUGUCACCACUACAUAGUAAGUAACAAACUGGAACGUAAAAUAAGUAUUGCUACAACUGUUUUUCUGCAGUUUUCCCACUUGGCAGUACCUGGCUGCAGAGGUGUAAGACCUAAAACAUUCUGCACUACUACUUAACCGUGCAGUCUCUUACUCAGCAGAUUUAGUGCUUUUUUUUUCCCCAUAAGCCAAUAAUUUGUAUCUCCUUUUAACUCUGGGGUAACCCAUUAAAGAAAGUCAUAAGCAACCUUUUGUUGGGCAUAGCUGUAUGCUGCAUUUCUCUAGUAACAAACUGUAAGCUAGAAUUUACAACAAGAUCUUUUAAGAGCUGAAAUGAAUUAUAUAAUCAAGAAAUGUGUCUCCCAUCACGUAUUAUUACACUGCUCCUAGCUAAGGGCUUAGUCCUAUUAACAUACUCAUAUUUGAGUGAAAUACCAAAUAAGAUUACUACAAUAAUCUAAGGGACUCAUCACUGCAGUAGGGAUUGUUCACAUGAAUGCUUCUGGGAUUUGGGCCUUAGCAGUAUGCAACACUAUAACUAUAAUGUGCAUAGUCAGCUAGCUUGCAGUUCAUAUGCAGAAAAAAGUCCUUAUUCUUUUCUGAAAAAAUACUAUUUUGGCUUUACUGGAAAUGUUAUAUAAAGCAAGUGCCUGAUUGUUAAUACAGAAUACCUUUUAAAACCAUUAUUUGCAUCUGACAGGUAAUAUUUCCUUCUGUAUUUUAUCAAUGGUCUUAAUAUUUUCAGCAAGAAUAUUUCAUAACCAUUCUGUGUUGAGAAGCAAUCUUUCAUAUGAAACAAAAAGAAACGUGUUUGGUUAGAUUAUACAAAACUGAAGAAACGUAUCUCAGUGGAAACUAUAUGAUAAGAAUGAGCUUUAUAGCGAGAUGAUAUAAUUUUUUUUCAUGAUGUAACCAUGAAUUCUGGAUCUUGAUCUUUUUUCUCUGGGCUGUAAAAAUUUGGCUCUACUUUCCUCUUCUGCAGUUAACAGAAGCAGUUCCAGUGUAUCUGCAGGAGACAAAAGAUUGAUCACAUUCCUUAUAGACAUAAGCUAGGCUCUCGUUCUCCAGUACAGAGUGAUGGUCCAGAGUUCUCAUCUCACCUCAUCUUAUCUCUUCCAUGUAUAAUUGCAAAAUAUAUAAACACACACAGCAAAUAUAUAAACAUUAUAGAGGUGCUUAAAUCAAGAACUUGGUCUGACUUCUUCAUGUAACUUAGGUUGAAGGCAUCAGUUCAAUUCCAUCCAGACAUGCAUUUGUCAGGCAGGGUAUUUCCCCUCUAAUUUUACCUUAUUCUACCUUAUUUACAUCAGUUCAAAGAUUCAUUCAGGCUCCCUGUGUCCUGUAAUUCUAGGUUCUUAUAAAGCCUUUGUGCCCUUCCCCCCUGCCCCUUCAUGCCCAAAGUAUAGAAACAUCAAAUAGUUGGAGAAAUUGAACACGAGGAAGCAGAUCUUAAGUUUGGUUAGUUGGGCAAUCCAGAAAAAGGGGCAACUGAACUUGUCUCCUAUAAUAAGAGUUUUCACUUUAUAUUUGCUUUUUUGAGAAGAUUAGAAUUAAGAAUGUUCAAGAAAAUGAAUAAUUAGAAAAGAUUCUUGUGAUCAUUUUUCUGCCCUCUCAAAGGGUCGUUCACUUAGGUAGAGCCUUAAUAAUGUUAGAAAAGAUCAGGUCUGAUGGAAGAACAUGUGGAGUGUCCCUUAAGUCUUAAGCAACCCUUAAGCCUUGUGGUCUUGUAGGAAUAGUUUCAUAGGUAAAACUGAAUGUGGUGGCGUUUCUGCAGGCUAUUAACAAUAUGUACAGAAGAAAGAAAGAAAAAAAGGAUACCAAAAUGCUGAUUUCUAGGACAGGACCUUUUAGAACAGGAAGCACACUUCAAGCAGGUCCAAGAAAAGCACCAGAGCAUCAGUUUCCUAGAUGUGAGAACAAGGAGGUGACACUCUGGCAUGCUGGUGCUUGUGUUGGAACACCGCAGAAUCAGAUGGCAUCGUGGUCAUGACAUCUGUAAACAGACAGUAGAAAGUUAAUGCUUAAUGCCCAAGUAAUUUGUAUUUUCUUUUGGGAUUAAGCCAGUCUGUCCUGGAUUUCAGCAAAGUUUUCAUGGUUCUGCAUAUUGAAUCCUUUAUAGCCAGUUUGAACAAAGUAAUGCUUCCACAAGGUGUUCAGUUCAAGAUACUUGUUUGAGGAGGGAUUGCAGUCUACUGGAGCAUGUUCCAGGAUGGACACAAGGGGACUGAUUCACCCUAGAGGAAAUGUGAAAAGCUUCCAACUGCUCAUUUACCACUAGUUUUAUGAAGUAUGGAAGGUUUGGCCUUCAGACCUCAGCUGAAGCAUCCUUUUGUAGGAAUGUCCUCCAAAAGAUGAUCUUACAAUAGUAACAUUUUUUUCUUUAUAACCAGAUUUUUUUUUUUAACUACUACACUGCCUAUGUUAUAGAUCAGGAAAGAAACAUCAGAUUCCAGAGCAGGAAAUAGAUUAAUUAAUGAAUUUCUGACUGAGAGAUGCUUUCUCCCAAGGUAUGCACCAGAAGUCCUAUAGUGACAACUUCUGAAUUCAGGUAGCUUGCUAAUACAGUUGAAUAUGGACAUUGUUUGCUUCUCUAGUAAGCAAUUUAGUACAUCCAUGCAGUUCCGGAGUGAGAAGUGGAAGAGCUCUAUAUACUAGUGGAAAAGUCCAGGCUACUUCUUGUACUUGCAGAAAGAGACCCAGUUCUGUAACUCGAGGUGGAGGAGACAUUCUGGAAUGAGAGAUGUCUAGAGGUGGAAGUUUUUGUAAUUUUAACCAAAGAGAGGCAUUAGUUUGAAUUUGCAUGUUGAUCUGAACCAUUAAACGUUCUUUUCUUUGAAGUAACUUUUAUGUGUGUUUUUAGCAAAUGUUUCUAACAAGGUUUAACAAUAUGUGACAGAUAACCGGAUGAGGUGGACAUUAGCUAUUGUGUGUUUCCUUUUUCCUCACAAAGAUGAGUGGAAGGCAAAGUAAGAGUUAAGAGUUUGGUUGCUAUGUAAUAUACAAAAUUGCUGCAACAGUAAAACAUUUGUGCUGCUAGCUAACAUACUGAGGUUUGUAUUACAAAUGAAGUUGUAAUAAAGAUGUUUAUUAUCAAAGUGCGAGGCACAUAUUUUAUGAUGGUAUUCUAUUCCUAAAAUAGUGUUUUGUAUUAUAGCAUAUUGAGUAAAGUAGAUGAUGUUGUUGUCUGAUGAGUUUUGAUGUGGUAAAAUGAAACAUGCUCCCUUUUUACUGAAAAAUAUAACAUACUAACUGACUUAAAAUUACUAUUUCUUUGUUGUCAGAUAUUUAGUUUGUUCAUUAAAAAAAAACCCAAUUUUUUUUCUAAAAAUAAACUAUUUUUAUGGAUAAUCUGAUUGCCUAAUAGUUUUAAGGGACUUAUUUAAUACCAAAGGUAAGCCACCCAGAAACUGACUUGGAAUAAGGCAUUGACACUUCUGGAGUGCAGUGGUCCAGAGUUACACCUGGAAUCAGUCAAGCAGAGGUUCCUCGUAGUAGCUGUAUAUGUCACCAAACUAAAGGGUUAGGCACACCCAGCAGUUUCCGAAACAAAAUAGAUAAAUAGAUUAAAAACAAAACCAAAAAAAAAAAAAAAAAAAAAACGGGACUAGCGUAAGGGUUGAGCUAACAGGUAUAGAGGUAUAGAGUAGCUCUUUGAAUCAUAGCUAAUGUCACUAAAAAAGAAAAGCACAAAGGCUUGCAUUACUGAUGUGUCUGCUAUACCUGGCCUGUGAACUAAUGUAAUACUUCAGUGUGCUGUCAAUCCUGUAAACCUUCCAAAGCACAAAAUAUUCACCAAGCUACUUUUGGGUUUUCUAGUUGUAGUUCAGUGAUAUUUUGGAGGGUGGAAAGGACAGACUUGGAGGAUUAUGAGAAGAUAUUAAGUAUGUUUUACAGAUUUUUAUAGAUAUUUUUUUAGCAAAUGGCAUUGCUGUCCAAGGUGUCAGACAGAGAUUAGCAAAAAGUCAAUUAUUUUACUUGUUGUGCAGUAUAAAAUAGAAAGAAUAAUGAAAUCCGGUAAAUAUCUUGAUUUCCUUUUCCAGUAUAGUGAUUAACUAAACUGGAAAGUAAUAGGACAAUUUAAUUAUUUAGCUGGCUCUGAAAUAUUUCAUUCUAAAAAAUUACUGAUCUUAAUUUUUUUCUCAAAUAUAAGCUUCUUAGAAUAAACAUUAAGCAAUGCAUAUUUUUUUCCCAUAUUGCAGGCUUAACUGUUGAAAGGAAAAUACUUUUUUUUUUUUUUUUUUUUUUUUUUUAAUUAAUGCAAAGCCUGAAUGGAUGUUCUGGGCUACUGAAUAGAUGAUAUAGAGUUACUCUAAUUGGGUUUUUUCGGAUGGGGGCCUAAGUGUCCUUAUAUAAGCUGUGAUCCAAGUUAUGAUAAGAAAGGAGCCUAUGGUGAGCAGUAAUAAUGUUCUGAUGCUUCCUUGCAUUUGAUCAGUAGCUAUCAGUUUUUAAUGUGACAGCCCUCACAGUACUUAGGAGCUCAUAGGACAUAUUGUGAUGUUAUGUUGCUAAUUUGUUUUAAAAUGUAAAAUGUUUUAAGCUUUUUGUCAAAAGUGAUAACAUCAUAUUACAAAUAAACCUUUUUGUGGUUGUAAAAUUUAGCUUAUAAAUCAUUCAAAUUGAAGUGAAAAAAAACACAGGUCAUUGUUAAUGACAGUCUAUCCUAUUAAGAAUAUAUGUAUUUUUGUAAAGGAAAAGCACUUGUAGAUAUGUAAUCAGUCCAAUAUCUAUCUAUGUUAAUGUUUUGAAAAAACAAAAUGCUGCUUAGAGAAUCACAUAUUUUUAUUUUUGUGCUCAAAUGCAUUUUCUUUUGGUUUAUGGAAUGUUUAUUCUGUAUGAAGCUGUAUAGUUAGUACAGCUGGGCUAAAUGCAUUUCUUACCUGAGCUUAAUCAAGUAUAUCUGACUAUGCUAUUACAUUUCCUGUCUGAUCAGAAACCUGAUUGCAAAACUUAGAUUGGUGGUGCUGUUUUUCAUCUUUGAUAUUAGCUUCAUCCUGCCUUAUAACAUUUCUACUUCAUAAUAUUUAUCGUAAAAAAUACUAAUAAUUUUUGUGAGAUUUGUGCUUUAAUGGAUUUUUUAAGGUAUGUUUAGUUAUUCAUUUGCAUCUCACUAUACCUAUAAAAUUUUUAUAAAAUGUUGACAAAAUUUUACUUAGAAUAUUUAAAAACCAAGUCCCCCAGACAAAAAAUUGUACCAGCUUAGUCAAGUUCUUAUUUUCCUCCCAAGUAACCUACUGCUGGGCACAUGCAUGGAAUAUGAUUGCAUUACUGAAGUUUUGGUUAAAUGAGCAUUUGUACAAAGUGCUUCUUUAAUUCAGAAUAACUCAUUUCUUGUAGUAUUUUGAGGCUGUUUGAAAUGUCAUCCUUCCUGUAGUUUGACUCAACACAAUGAAUUAACAUACUUUCGAAAAAAACAGUAAAACAGAGAAUUUUGUCAAAGCACUAGCAAAAAGUGAUGGCCAAAUUUGUUUGUAGUUGCUCAUGUAUAAUACUCUUUAUUUCAGCGGGAUUCUACAGGGCUCCAUUGAGGGGGCCUAAUACUAAGGUAAUGUCUUCAGAUUGAUCUCAAUGAAGUUACUUUGCUUAAUUAUCCUUGUAAAUAAGACUUGAAAAGAGCUAGAGUUCCCACUUCCUCACUGAGUUUCAUUUCAUGUGUGACUUUUUCAAUCUCUUAAUAUUAUUUAAAUUUAACCUUAUUGUAUUAACCAUAUAUAUUUUGAAACCUUAGAAUGUCUAUGCUAGCAGUAGAUUCAGUGUGAUAAGCUCAACUGAGUAAAUACUUGCAUAACUGUCAAAUAGUGAGAGAAUUUCACUCAGACUAUGAAUCCUUGUAAUGCCACUAUCUCAUUAAUAUGCAUGCUUUUCAAAGAUCUUUAAGUAAUCAGUUUUUAAUGUGUUUAAUGAUUUGAAUAUUGUACAUUUUUACAGUGUUUUCCUAGAGAUAAUUUAUAUAUGAAUUCAUUGGGAGCUUAGCAUCUCAGGGUCCACAAAGUAGCAUUUAAAAACUUAAGUCCAUUUGAGCUAUGAAAACAACAUACAUAUAUUGCAGUCUUGUAUUUUUUGAAGAACCAAAUACGUUGUGUUUUGAAGUGCUUAAACAAGCACUGUAAAUUCCACCCAGUUCUGCCAAAGGAAUAUUUUUUUUCAUCUGCGUUAAAAUCCUUAAAAGUUGAGUGUGGCCCUGGAAAAAAUGAGGAACCUGUAACUGAGUUAGCACUUAGUGAGCAAUUCUACAAUUAGGUCAGUGAAGUGCCAGUAUUAGUUUUCAUUUCGGCAAAACCCCUUGGUACUGCGUUUUGGUGCGAAGUGAAGUGAGCCCGUUUGAAGUUACAUCUAUAUCUGUAAACAAGAUUUAUUUUAGAACAGUAGCUUGUGUGAGCCCUGUAAAUGGACCUUUUAAGAUCUUGUGUACUAAAUAUAUCUAAUACGUAAUGAUAUUUCUGAUUAUGUAACUAUCUAUAUGGUUCAGUACCAGUGAUGUUAAAUUUAGUGCUUCAUGCUAAUGUCAAGAAUGUUCACAGCACCUUUAUAACUGCUGAUAAGAAGUUACAAUUUGGUAUGAUCCAUAUGCUGCAAGAUGCCUCUAGCCCAGUUGGAUUAAUCCUAUGAAUCUAGAUGAGCAAGAAGUAUAACUAAUCUGCUUACUAGCACUGAAUUGCUCCUUUCUCAAAGCAAUAAAUAUAUUCAUGUUGUAACAUCUGUUGUGCAGCCUACAAUACAAGUUGUUUUGUUGCAUUGUUUCUAUAUAAUUUAUUUUGUGCAAUAAAAAAAUCUCUGGUUUUAUCUGA